AGUCAAAUGAUGGCGCCUGGCAGGUUCUAUGCUUCGCGAACAUAGUAUGUUGUUAAACGUAAAGAGGAAAGUUCCGAUUUUGGUUUUAUUUUCAAAGCCGAUGAAAUAUGCCAGAAUUUGCUCAAAAAAGAGUGACAUUGCUUGCCAAAGGAUGUACGGUUCACUCAGGAAAGGUUUGGCUAUGAAUGUUUCUAUGCCUAUGCGCUAAUUGAUUCGAAAAUUAUCGCGCGCGCGAUUUGAGCAUAAUUCGUACGUGAUACCAGGUGAUCCUCACAAUAUUCCGUCUGACUUCAUCAUCACUUUUUCUUUUCUAAAACGACUCGCAAGUGGACUUCUUCUAGUUGAUCGCGAUUUAUGAUAAUUUGAUUCCCAGCUGGAAAGAGAACUUGAUAAAGAUUUCCGUUCUGGAACCUGAGGGACACCGGUGAAGGAUACCAAGGAGAUGAUCAAAGAUGUUAUUUAAAAAGGGUUGGGGAUACACUGUGCUUGUUUUCUGGUUGUAACACUUGCAAAUUCUUCGAUCCUUUCAUUCAAAGUAACACCUAAGCAAACACAACUGUGUGCAAAGGGGGUAAAUUUCUUAAAAGAAAUUGUGGUGCUGUGUCGGUGUAAGAGUACAAUAGGAUAAUUAAGUAUUAUCAACUGAGUUUAUAAUGUAAAUUGGCCACCAUAAAGAGUUUUAAAGCUGACGUUUUGAGCAUUCACCCUGCGUCAGAGCAAAUGAUGAAGGGCUAACACUCUAAUGACACUCUUUCCAAUAAAAAAUGGAUGUACAACUGUAAGUAAUAUUUACAUGGUUUUAAUAAGAUACCACAAAACGUUUACUGUAAUGUGUUUAUCAUGCAUCAUUUUUCUAAUGUAUUGUUCCCCUUUUGAAAGGUUGUUGCUGUUCCUCGAACUCUCAAUGAAUUAAUCAUCAUAGCAAAAUGCAAGCUUGGGCUCCCUGCGGCAACCAAAGUUUACACUGCCAAAGGAGGUGUGAUAGAUGACAUUGAUUUAAUCAGGUGUGGAAAGAAACAAGUUUAAUUUACCUUAGUAAGGUAAUUUUUAAUAUAGAUCAAGAUGAUAUGGAAUUGUUUAAAACUUCCACUAAUGGCUUGUGACCUCGCAUAUUUAUUAAUGGAACCGCAAUUGUUGCUAACAGUGUUUAUCACACACCUUCUCAAAAAUGUAGUUCUUUAUCAUGCAGACAGACAAUGAGCAAACUUAUAGUCCAAUGGUGUAAUUCUGAUGUGAUAUAACUAGGUCAGCUGGAAGGGAAAAUUAUGAAAUGUAUUAUCAGUUCCUUGAAGUUUAGGUUUUAUGAGCCCUAAGUCAAUUUGAAGACCAACCCAAAGAUAUAAUGUUUUGAAGAGAAUACUAGUACGUUAAUGGUAUCUCAUGUAUGUACAGCUCAACUUUAUUUGGUGAAGACAUCAGUGCAUGUUGACUGAUACACCUACUUGCUGUACAUGUACAACUGUAGGUUAUUUGUAAUCAUGCUAGUUAUUUACUCUUAAAUAACACUGAGCAAUUUUCUUUUCAGAGAUGAUGAAGUGCUUUACAUUUCAUCUGAAGAUCCAGAACCAAAUUCUUUGGGUGAGAAAUGUAAGUGGAAGUGAAUUCUCCCUUUUCAAGGUUUAAACAAGCCGUUAAUAUUCUGAUUAACAACUUUGCUAACUUACUUGAGUUUACUCCAUACAUUAAUAACAAUUUUAUUAUUAUCAAGAUCACCAUCACUAACCUCUUCAUUGUUAUUCUCAUUUUCAUUAUCAUAAUUAUUAUUAUCAGUAUUAUGAGUUAUUAUUAUCAGUAUCAGUAUUAGUAUUAUUAUUUUUGUUAUUAUCAUCAUCAUUAUGACUGUCCUUAUUAUGAUGACUCUUGAUGCAUUAUUUUGUUAUUUUGGCUGCUCAGAGGUACAGUGUAAAUAGUUCUAAUGCACAUCUUUAAUAAGCUAGCCAAUUACAGCUUGCCCUAAAAGUGAUAUUCUCUUGGUGGUAUGUGUUGUGGUUCAAAUUUUAUUUUCCUUUGUUUCAAACUCAUUAUCAUACAUUACAAUACCCAAAAACAAAAGAAAAUAAAAUUUAAACCAAGGAUAAAAUUGAACCACAACAUAUAUAACAACUAUGUUUAACUGUGAAUAGACUCACUGAAUGUGCUGCUCUUUGUUCAGCCUUCACAGACUGGGUGACGCUUAAUGUGGGAGGCAGAGUAUUCACUACAACUAGGUAAUUAACAUGAUGUGCAGAUUUUUGGAUCAAUGUCAGCAUCUGAGAAACUGUACACCUACUCCUCCUCUAACCCAAAAACAGUUAACUGAUAACAAUGUGUUUGGUUAGAGGAGAGGAGAGGAAGGAGAGGAGGGGUACAUGCAGGUGUGCAGUUUCUCAGAUACUUACAUUGAUCCAGAUUUCUUGUCCAGGAAAAUAAUGAAGGUGUACAGUCACAAUAACUAUUCUAAAUUUGUAAAGGUUAGCUAAGUCUAUUGAAUCUGCUGAUAUGAAUAAAUUAAAACAAAAAAGGAACAACAAAAUAACAACACAAAAUGCAGACUCUUGGGUUUCCAGUCCAGAACUUUGACUUAAGAAAUAAUUAGUUACUUGACUUUAUACCAUUUUUCUUAUUUUUUCUAAUUUUUUUAUCAUCCAUGUAUUUUCUUUUUUUAUCCCAUAAAGGGCAACACUGAUGAAUGAACCUAAUAGUAUGUUAGCAAGAAUGUUUUCCCCAGCAGGUUAGUCUAAAGAUCAGGUCCCAGUUAUUCAAAGGGCAGAUAAUACUAUCCAACAGAUACAUCUCUAUCAAGGAGACAAAUGUUAACUCAACCUUUUUAUAUAAUAAGCUCAGUUAUGCAUGCAUUCUGAUUGGUUCUCACUUAUGAUCUAUUGGAGGACAGACGUAUAGAUGACGUCAUCAUUAAAACUUUUUUUAAUUCUUUAUUAUAUAAUGCAAAUAGAUUCCAAGUUGCCAUGCGUCUGUUUAGUAAUAGAUCACAGAUGUCAGACAUCAAAAUGUGGUAAGAACAAAAAAGUGGCACACGAGGCGCAGCCGAGUGUGUCACUGAAUGUUCUUACCACAUUUUGAUGUCAUCUGUGAUCUAUUACUGAAGAGACACAUGGCAACUUGGAAUCUAUUUGUUAAGUAUACUGUGCUAUCCACUGGGUAGAGUCUUAUCCUGUGGAUAGCGAUAUCCUAUCCUUUUUAAAACUGAGGAUGGCAUAUAUCACCCCCUAGUCAUCUUAAUCACCUGACUUUGCAUUAGUGAUCUAUGGUAAAUAGUUGUCUGACCUCAGAAGUUAUUGGUUGACCACUAUAAUCUACCUCAGCCAUUUUCUAGUUUUUCAUUCAGUCACUCCUCAACCCUUUCACUCUCAAGAUUUUAUUGUAAAUUUUCCCCUCUAGCUGCUACACAUUUCCUUGUAAAUCAGCUACAAGAAUUUGGUGUUAGAUCUGGAUAAUGACUUUCACCUGAUAAGUCUGAAUAUUCUCAUUACCUGUUUGCUGGAUUUAUGAAUGGAAAUUUUAAGGAGAAGUUUCAUGUUAUUAAUCACUUCUGGGAAUUUAAGGAUUGACCGUACAGUAUGUACAGUUAAAAAAUUAUCUCUUGCUUUGCAGAGGCUUGGAGUAAUGUUUCAGAUGCCUCGGGAGCUUUCCUCAUUGACAGAAGUCCAGUGUACUUUGAACCAAUCAUCAAUUAUUUACGACAUGGACAGCUCAUACUAGACAAGGGAGUUAAUCCUCAAGGUAGUGUGAUAAUGAGUUUCAUUGUUUAUACAGGCCCCUGUUUAAACCAGCUGAACUGGGCCAGUUUUUCUAACUAUUGAAAUAAAUAUCUGAAUAAAUACCCUGUAUAAACAGAUUUGUGCAAAUCCAACAAGCUCAGCACCACACAGUCAUUCUGUCUCCAUACAAGGGAAAUAUAGGGAAUGAUCUUUCAUUUAUUUUUAUGUCUUUUUCAUGCUACAUGUAGGUGUCCUAGAAGAGGCAAAGUUUUUCGGAAUCUCAGGCAUCUUAGAACAGUUAGAAGAGUUGGUAAAGGUAUAAACAGUGAAAAGAUUUUUGGUCUUAUUUCAUAUGUGUUCACAGCUUGUUCAUUUACGGAUCUCCAUAACAUCACCUAAGGCUGCCAAAUACAGCUGCAAAAGACUAACUGAAGAUAAAAGGGGUAUAGGAUAUGGAGAACAGGGAUUUAAGCAUACUAAUGUUGAGCAAAGAGAGAGGCAAAGGCAGCAAAAUAUUGCAAGAAAGUAAUUGGAAAUUAAAGUACCCAUGACAGCUCUCUCGUAUCUGUCAGGCUGUGACUCUCAGUCCAUAGCUCCAAUCUAUAAGCAAUUACUGUAUUAUAAAUAAAUCAUGACAUUUCUUAUGGUAUGUAUUCGGUGGUGAACUUCUAUGGAUCGCGUUAUUUCUGGCUUUCCUUCAUACUGUAAACUGUUUCCAACCAGUUCAGGAUUAAAAUACAGUUUACAAUUGACUAGACACUAAAUAUGUUUCUUACUCCAAUUCUAUUGUAGGGUACUUGGUACUAUGCUGUUAAUUAGUUAUUUAUUGACCUGAAUUUUCUGUUUACAACCCCUAGGCUAUGGAAAACGUUGAAGAUGCUCCUCUUUCUCGGAGUGAAUUUGUUAAAAUACUUUUAUCAACGCCGUCAAACUGCGAGCUUCGUUGUCAGGCAAGUAUGAAUACAGUUAGCCACUUUUACUGAGUGAUUUUCUCUCCUGAUUUACGAGCUGUUUAUUAUACCAAGAAUUCUUGUCUUUUCUACUCUGUAGGGAAUCAAUUUAGACUCGGCAGAUCUCUCGAAGCUUGAUCUACGUUUCAUAAACUUCAAAAUGGCGAAUCUAAGAAAAACAGACUUGUGGAAUGCCAAUCUGUCAAAUUGCUGUUUGGAGAGAGCGAAUCUAUCCGGGGCACAUAUGGACGUGAGUACACAAUUAGGAUAAGUUUAUUUACUUUUGAAAUCUUUUAAAUCGUAGAAAUAUGGUAUGAGAAUUACGCUUUUCAUUAGAAGAAAAUAUAAGUUGUAAUUUUGGUAUGAUGAAACAGUGAAAAUAUUUUAUGAAUUGGGUGUCGUAGAAAAUCCGGAUUUGCUUUGGUUUACCUCUGGGCGGCAGCACUCUGAUUGGCCAGAAAAAAAAUUGCACCAUCUUCCCAACCAAUCAGAUGGAGGCAGGCGUGACUUGGCCAUUCAAGCUUUCCCGCGCUUAGAAUGACCACUAGCAUCGCGGCUUUGGCUCUCACUGGCGCGUGAUGACGUUUCAGUACUUUUGCUCUGAUUGAGUGAUGUUAUAAUGUUAGUUUUAAUUCUACGGCAAGCAAUGGGCAAGUUCGCUUAAAAAGGGGUCAUAGUCUUGGCAUAUUUAUUUGAUUCCGCAAAAUUAGAACGGCGAUCACUGAAGGAGGCCAAGGAUUUGUCAGCAAGAAACUUGCGAUUUAAUCACUAUUCGCGGUAAAUUUUCUCUCAAGGAGGCUGGGUGUUUUCAUAUUUUGUUAUUGACCGAAAACUGGUGUGCCACUCAGUGGCUUUAUCCAGUUAAAUGUAAUCUUUUUUUUUCUUUGUUCCAUUAUCAAGGGUGCUAUUUUAAGCUGUACUCGUCUUCAGAGGGCUCAUAUGGAAGGGGCCUCCCUCAGAGGGUGCAAUUUUGAAGACCCUGCUGGGACAAGGGCUAAUCUGGAAGGUAUGAAGAUGGCCGGUGCUUAAAUUAGUAUUUUCCUCUGUCUGUUUCGUUCGCGGGUGCCCUCACAUCUCGUGCAUUUUAUCAAUUCAUCCGGCACUUUUGGCUGAAGAAGCAAAAUAUGGAAUCGUGAUGCAACAAAGCCCUUCAUAACAUAACUCACUGAUGGAAUAAUUUUCUUCUCCAGGUGUGAACUUAAAAAAUUCUGAUCUGGAAGGAAGCCAAUUAGGGAAUGUGAACCUUCGUGUUGCUACUUUAAAAGGUGCAAACCUUCAAAAUUGUAUAUUGCGAGGAGCUGUACUGGCUGGAGCUGAUCUAGAGGUGAGAUUUUGUUGGCUAAAACUUAAGAAAUUAGAUUUUAAAAAAAUCAACCUAUUGCGUGGAACGUUUUUAUUGAGCAUAAUUCUGUCAAAAGGAGCGGUCGGCGGGAACGUGAGAGAGAUAAGACACGCGAGGAGUCUCCUGCGUGCGUGACUUCCCGUGUACUUUUCUCCUAUUUUGGAGAUUUACCGCUCGCGCGUGUCAAGCCAAUUUACUUGCUUCCGGUUGAUCGAGCGACUUUUUACAUAUAUUUUGUUGAGGUUCACUGAGCGCAAUAUUUGUUCUCCAUACCCUACCCCCCCCUCCUCUUUUCGGGCUUGUUUAGUUUGUUUUUUUGCAAUCUGACAGUUUAUCUUACAUUAUAUUCGUAGAACUGUAAUUUAACCGGCUGCGAUCUACAAGAUGCUAAUCUCCGAGGGGCCAACAUCACCGGUGCUACGAUUAAAGAAAUUACAGGACCACUUCACAUGACAGCUUUCGUCAGAAACCAGCUCCCAGGCUCUGCGCUUUCUGUACCAGCAACGCCAGAUUCCUGAAAGAGAGAUUGUGUGACGUCAGAAGACAAACGCGACGUCCUGGAAUAAAACUCUAAGGAAUUGUUUUGGCUUAAUAAGGAGAGUGAAAGAAAAAAGGCUAGUCACGGUCGAAUGGAAGCGUGACAGUCAAACCAACCGGCUGAAGGGAGAGCCAUUGUGGCAAUUUUAAAAAAGACAUUCGAGCACUGAAACAAUUGUCGAGGAUGGCAAUUGAAGAUCAGUAGUAAUCAAAGAUGACAAAUAAACUAAGUUAUCUAUUACUAAAAAAGGGUGUGCUUAUCUGAGGGUACCCCAAUUUGCAUGUCUAAAAGCAAGUUUUUUUUACAUUAAAGGUUCUUGAAUAAUAAAAAAAUUACGUUUGCCG